AUCAUAAAAGAAUAUACAUGCAUGUACUUUCACAUUUAAGACGAAACGAAUCCUUUUAAAGUUGUUUCGCACCAGUUCGUACGUACAUAUAUCUGAAUCAGAAUACGGUGUGACUGCAUACAAACUCAAAUAAAAGGGGUCAUGUAGAGAGAUAGUUUGUCGUUCUUUGUUACGGCGCGCCUACCAUCCUGACGAUGAAAAUAGAUUUUCAUUUGUGAAGUCACAUGCAGAGAUGUUCUAGAUAUAUAAUUCGUGGCAACUCCAUGAGUGAAUUGGCAGCCAUUUUUAAACUGCUUGCAUAGUAUAAUAACGCAGAAAAGGGAUUAUGGAUAAGAAAAAAACGGAUCAUGGAAUGGAGAUACGUGAAGUAACAAUGGAUUAGAGUUAGCGUGAUCUUGACGCGUAUCAGAUGAAGCAAACGAAGAACCUGAAAUCGAUGUAUACGUGUUGAGUUGAGUGAUUCGUUUCGAGUGGACGGUACUCGAGCGAAUGCACUUCUUCCCCGUGAAAUUGAUGGAAAUGGUGAACUGUCAACACCUCUGCAAAAUGAGAAUAUGAAUUCGAUUCGAAUCACCGUGACGAACAAAGAUCGGUUGAUUUGAAGGAGAAUUGUGUCGAUUGUGUGACAGUUGAACAGUUCGAUGCCGAAAGGCCCCGGCUAAGAGCAAUGUCGAUGCUAACAUGCAAGAGAACAACGAAUACAAAGAUCGUGGCUCUCGAAUGCUAAGUUCCUAUAAUAAUGGCAGAUAAUGUACACAGAAAAUCGCAUAAGCUGUCGGAUGGUAGUAAUAGAAAGACGUCGAACACAGUGCAUCGUACCACCACCGAGACGAUUCGGUUAGGAGAGCCAGAGAAGCUGUACCAGCCGGUUAAUUUGACCAGCUCCAGCAACGUGACGGCCAGUAAUCAGUGUCGGAAAAAGACAUCGUCCUUUCAAAUAACAAGCGUUACCGUCGGUUGUCGUAUGAGCAAUGAUGCUGGCGAAGAUUCAAACGACGAUCUGGACGAAUCCCACACGGAGGACAAUUCCGUGGAACACUCGCGUAUCACCGACAUUGACAUUGAAACGCCUAGUUACUCGGAAGAUACUUUUUCUAAAGAAGAUGUAUUUUUCAAUACCAGUAACGCUGCCCUCAGCACCGCUCCGGUGAUUCCUACCAGUUCUCAGUAUGGUCUGGCGAUCGUACCCUCCGAGGGUAAUAAUGUUAUUAAUUCGGUAAACGACAGCAAUAUUAAUACUCUGGAUAUCACAUCUGUUACCGACAACAAUAUUAUAAACUUACUCUCGAGUAAUGCCAAACAAGAUGCAGAUUUGCGAGAAGUACAUUCGCACGGUAGAAAUGAGCGGUUUAAAGUGGUUAAAAUCGAAAGUACUGAGCCCUUUAAAAGGGGCAGGUGGACUUGCAUGGAUUAUCUAGACCAUACGUCAGUUAAUCAACCAACUGCGAUCGGUACUCCUAAAGUGUCAGAUCCAAACGAGGUAUGCAUAUCUUAUGGGGUAACAGACAGUGGAAUUGUGAUACCCGAUUCAUCCAAACAAUCUGUCAUCUCCGAGGACAAAGGUAUAGGUAUAGACUCGAACGGACAAGUUUCCACCCAUCAAGAUGUGCAUGCAUCGAUUGGCGUACCGAGUAAUCCCACAACUGUUACGAAUGCUAAUUACACGGUAAACAAUUCUAUUCCUCCUAAUGCACAGCAUAAUCCGACACAAGUUCAAACUCAGCAAAAGGUUCAAGCCCCGACGCAAAUUCCUCCGUACUUUCAAUCUACAACUCAACAGUUAACAUCCCAGUCGCAACAACAACAACAACAACAACAAGGAGGACAGGGAUCCACGUUACCUUCUAAUUUGCAGCCCACCCAUCCAAACAACUUGACUCAGUCUCAAAGUAUGCCCCAAGGUGCUAUUCCCAUUAUAACACAAACUGGUAAUAACAAUGUGACGGCUCAGCAAAGUAUACCUCAUUCUAAAGAAGAUGCGUAUGUGACAGUGAGUACUCAGAAUCAGUCGUUGCCAGUUCAAACAGUUUGUCAGCCAUCUGUUCAGCAACCGCCUGUUCCAACAUCUCAGGCACCAAACAUUCUGGUUACCCAACAACAACAACAGCAACAACAUGCACCACCUCCUCAGCAACAACAGCAGCAGCAACAACUUCCACCUUCUCAGCAGCAACAACAACAGCAGCAGCAACAGCCUCCACAGCCGCUUCAAACUCAAAAGCCAAUAACACAAAUUUCUGAAUCGUUGACUGCCAUACCAGGAAUGCAGAGCAUCCAGAAUAUACAUAAAGUUCCUCAGACAGGUGUACAGCAAACUUCUUCGACCAUACAUGCUCCUGGAGCACCGGUACAAUCUCAAGUCAUACCUCCGUCUCAAAUGCAACCCCAAGCUUCUGGUAGCAAUGCUCAAGUGCAAAUGGCGCAAGUAUCGGCUAGUUGCCAAAAUGUUGUAGGUGGUAUGCAACAAGGAAGUAUGACAUUUCAUCAAUCAGAACCGGAGCAGGACUCCAUUACAGGAAUAGUAGCUGCAUCCACGACACAGUCAGCUGAUACCGCGCUUCUAGAAUCUUUAACCGAAGUUACACAAGGCAGCGAUGAACAUCACACCCUCGAAGAUAACGAAAGUAUGUCGGGGACUAGUGCUGUAGCAAUUGAUAACAAGAUUGAGCAAGCCAUGGAUCUCGUUAAGAGUCAUUUGAUGUUUGCUGUACGAGAAGAAGUUGAGGUACUGAAGGAAAAAAUAGCAGAGCUUAUGGAUCGCAUCAAUCAAUUGGAAGCUGAAAAUUCAAUUCUGAAAGCUCACGCGACUCCAGAAACGUUAGCUCAAUUGAGCCAAUCCACUACAAAAUUACCCCAAAACAGUUCAGGAAAUGGUCAAUAGUUUACUGUUUAGGAAAUAUAAAUAAUAAUUUAAAUGUAUAAAUUCAAUUUUCUUUCAAAAUGAUAAUCAUUUUGGAAAUAUGUAUUGUUACGAUCCUAGACAGAAACAAGGACAUAUAUGAGUGCAUGCCAAGACUAAGCAGCAUAAGUAACGAAGUUGAUAUGGUUUCACGAUAGAUUCAAGAUUUUGAACAUGUUAAAAGAAAGUAUAUAACAAUAUGAAAUAGGCAGCUAGACAUUCCUAGACGAUUUUUCCUAUUACCUCCGCAUUUGGCCGAUUUCAUUCACAGAUGUUCAAUCACAGGAAUUGGCUAUUCAACCGAAAAUUGAAAAUUCAAAAACAUUUGCAUCCUUUAGAUUGUACGUGAUUCUACGUUGAUAUUUUACCGUCAUUUUCAUUCAUAAAAGCAGUUUUUUACAUGAAUCUAUGUAAUCUUCAUUAUUAUUAAUUAUUAUUAUCAUCAUCAUCAUCAGCAGCAUUGUGAUCAUUAUUAUCAUCACCAUUAUUAUUAUCUUUAUUAUUAUUACUAUUACAUCAUCAUCAUUAUCAUCAUUACUAUUAUUGUUAGUAUUAUUAUUAAACAUCAAGCCUCGUGUUUUGUAAUCUGUACUCGAGUUGUAAUCUGAUUUUUAAAAGUGAUGCAUAUUAUAAUCGAUGACAUGCUGAUAAUCGGGAACAUAGUAACUGGUGUGCAUCGAAAAAAUCAACAAUUUCCUGUCAACAUUUUGUGUCACAUCUUAAACAUGCCUAAUAAAAGAAAUUUUUAAUUGUA